AUGCAGGAUAUUUGGCGGAAUGCCACCUGGGCCUGCCUUCCAUACAAAGAUGUAACAAGUAGAGGUGUCUUUCUCGGAGAUAAUCCGUUUGAUUUCGCAGUUCCAGUCCUUUACACACAGCUAUCCGUGGCCGCCUUGGUCGCUGCCUCCUUACAAUUUAUUCUUACCCCACUAGGUGAAAGUGCUUUUAUUUCACAAAUGUUGACAGGUAUUGUACUGGGACCUUCGAUUCUGGGAAAAGACGAAGUCUUAGCUGAUACGAUCUAUCCCGGAAGAAGUAUGUAUACAAUUAGAACAAUCGGGGCCUUCGCAUCCAUGCUCUUCAUGUUCAUCGUUGGAGUUAAAAUGGAUUUGAGUAUGGUAACAAAAUCAGGAAAAAAGGCACUGGUUAUUGGCUUAUGUGCUUUCUUUUUGCCACUAAUGCUAAGCACAACCUUGGCUUACACUUUAAAGCGUAAGGUUAACCUGGAGCCUAAUUUAUAUGAGAGCCUAAUUCAAAUUGCUGUAUUUCAAUCCUCAAGUUCCUUCCAUGUCAUUGCAUGCCUUUUAGCCGAUUUAAAUCUUCUCAAUUCAGAGCUUGGCCGAUUGGCUACUUCUUCUUCCAUGGUUAGUGGGUUAUGCUCUUGGAUUUGGUUCUUGGUGUCAUUCAUGGUGAGGCAAAACAUAAUAAUAACCAAGAAAAAUACUUUCCCACUUGCAGCAUUAAGUGUAGCCGGCAUGCUGCUGAUCAUAAUAUGCAUCAUGAGGCCCAUCUUAUUAUGGAUGAUUAGACAAACAACUAAAAGAAAACAACUCAAAGAGAGUUACAUGUUUUCCAUCUUUCUCAUGAUAUUGACGUGUUCCCUCCUUGGUGAUAUCGUUGGGAUACAUUUCGUGUUGGGGCCUAUGAUUUUAGGCUUGACUGUACCAGAUGGUUGGCCAUUAGGAUCAGCAAUAGUCGAUAAGCUUGAAUCCUACGUUUCGUUAAUUCUCUUGCCAACCUAUUAUGUGCUCACCUGCGGGAACUUAGAUAUUUUUUCGUUAAAUUUAAAGACUACUGGAAUUGUAGAGUUGUUGGCUUUAUCUAGCUUUCUGGGGAAGGUCAUCGGAACCAUGUUGCCUUCGCUCUAUUGCAAAAUGCCCAUCAUGGACUCGCUCUGUUUAGGCCUCAUCAUGAGCACCCAAGGCAUUACUGAUGUUAUAAAUUUACAAAUCGGGAUUCUCCUCUUUGUUAUUGACAACGAAUCAUAUAAUGCAAUAGCUGUAACCUUCAUUUUGAUGACGGGAAUCACCGCUCCCAUAGUGAAAAUACUCUACAAUCCAUCCAAGAGAUACAUGAGCUUCAGAAGGAGGAGGACUAUCCAGCAUACAAUGCCUAAUGAAGAGCUCCGUUUGUUGGCCUGCAUUUACCAUCAAAACAGUACUCCUUCCCUCAUCAAUCUUCUCGAAGUCUCCAAUCCAAUGACCAAAAGUCCCAUCUGCUUUUAUGCUGUCCAUCUCAUGGAGCUACAAGGCAGAUCAGCUCCAAUUCUCGUGGCGCAUCAACAAGGAAAAAGGAGUUCUAUUCAUUCUAAUCAUUCUGAACACAUAAUAAACGCUUUCUGGCGAUACGAGCAACAUAAUCUUGGUAAGGUAACGGUGCAUCCAUUUACAGCCAUUGCACCGUAUGCCACAAUGCAUGAUGAGAUAUGCAACCUUGCUUUAGAGAAGAGAGUAUCAAUGGUGAUUAUCCCUUUUCAUAAGCAUUGGACGUUGCAUGGUUCAGAGGAGUGUGACAAGCACAUAAAAGCUGUCAACUUCAAAAUUCUUAAGAAUGUCCCAUGCUCAGUCGGAAUCUUGGUUGAUAAAGAGACAUUAUCUGGGAGGAAUUCAGGGGGCAGCAAACCUCUGUACAGUAUUGGAAUGAUCUUUUUGGAAGGGCCGGAUGAUCGCGAAGCAUUAGCAUAUGCUAUGCGCAUGGCGGAACACCCCAAUGUUAGCCUUACAGUUAUUCGGUUGGUUCAACCUAAUAAAAAGAGUACGGAGCUUGAUUGUGAUAUGAUCAAACGGUUUAGGAGGUCUAACAUCCAACAAAAGCACCAUAUAUAUAAAGAGAGAGUUGUGAAAGACUGUGUGGAAAUGAUAAAUGUGAUUAAAUUACUAGAAAACCAUUAUGAACUAAUUUUGGUAGGAAGACAGCAUGAAAGCAAUUCGCCAUUGUUCAUGGGACUUACUUUAUGGAAUGAGUAUCCUGAGCUAGGGUACUUGGGGGACAUGUUAGUGUCAUCAGAGUCUGAUUGGGAGGUAUCAGUGUUGGUGGUGCAACAACAAACAUUUGAAGGUGAAGAUAUGCCUGAAGGCUUCAAGCUCCUUAUGGAAGACGCAUUCUCAGUAAACGGAAGUAUAUCAAGCGAUACCAAAUUGUGCCCCAAUUCCCACAAGACCAUCUGA